UUGUCUUUAGCCCUUUGAUUUUUUUUGGCAUGCUUAUGAAUUUGCUUUUCUUUUUAAAAAUCCCCCUUAUAGAUUUGUAUAGAUUUGGUUGAAGUCACAGAUGCCAUAUUCUUCAUCUUUAUAAUGCCAGUUUUCUUUCCAGGUAGAAGGACAAGAAACUAAUGAGCCAAUGCCAUAGAAACGCAAAGGGUUAAAGGUUUUUCUUUUACUUUUGUUUUGGGUACGCUUUCUUUACUUUGAACAAAUGUGUUUUUCUGCUCAAAAUACUUUCAAAUUAUUGAAAGUUUUCAUUCCAAGUCUUAGAUUUUUAGGAUUGUUACUUUUGAGAAACUGUUUCCACAUUAGAGCUCCCCUCAUAUUGCUCUAAAUAUAGUUUAGUAAAUGCACCUACUUUGCUCUAAGCAUACUUAAAGUUAAAACAAAAGUAUGUAUACAAAGACUUUGAUAUUUUUAAUAGUUGGAGUCUGUUUUGCUAAUUUUAGUGUGCAGGUCAGCACAAGGGGCAUAGUGAGCCUGAUGGAAGCUUUCCUCAGGUGAGUGAGUUUCAAGAUCAAAGUUAGGUGCCUGUUUCUUAAAAUUAGAUUCUGCUGCAGGUUUACAAAUUAGACUUUCAGCCUGCAUGAAUUAGUAGGGAUAUUCUUUUUUUUACUUGCAUAAUUGUAAUUGAUUUAAACAUGUAUGUCAGAAUUCACAGGCCCAUACUAACUGUCCUUAAUUUCUUUCCUACAGCAGUACUGCUAUAUGCCAGUCCUGUCUGCAUUCUUAAGGGUGCAGUUCAACACAUCCUCUCUAGAUUAUGGUGAAAAAGUAUUCCAAAGGAAGUCUUAUCAGAGAUAGUGUCAGAAAGAAUGACACUACCAAUUGGGCAUGAUCUUCAGCAUAGGAAAUGUCUUAGACCUUUAUUAGUUUUUCCUAAAUUGUGAUGCUAUACUACUUGUAUAGCUAAUUAUCACAUUUCUAAAACGUAGUGUGCCUCUGUGAAUCUUGUUAUAUAUUGUUUGGGCUUCUUUAAGAUAUUUUGAAGUUUGAAAAGCAAAUACUGAAACUUUAACCAAGAGACUAACACAUCUCUUUGUACACCACUUUUUUUCUGUAUGCAUCAUAAUAACUGGUAGAAGUAAUAUAUUUCAAGUAAUAUGUUUCCAGUUGUUAUUUAUACUUUCUGAGAAAAUAAAAAUAUGUUUCUGGGUCAACAAAAAGUAAAAAUCAUGAAGCCCUUUUUAGUAACAUGACAUCAGAAUAAGAUUAGAGGUAUAUUUUUAAAAAUCAGAUUUUCUAAACUAUAACUGUUUUAGAACAUUGUAUGAAGAACUUAUCUAGUCAUAGUUACUUGUAGUCAGGAUUUUAACAGCUUGCAACAGGUAAUGUUUUGAAUAUAAAUAUCUUUCCAAAGUGUUACUAAUGGUAAAGAGAUAAUUUUCUAGGCUUCUAUUCUGCUGCUUGAAGUCAGAACUGCUGAUGGAGACAAAGGCACGAAAGUGAGGGAAGACCCCUGAUCCUAAAAUGAAUGCUAGGACUUACAUGGAUGUAAUGCGAGAACAACAUUUAACUAAAGAAGAGAGAGAAAUUAGGCAACAGCUAGCAGAAAAAGCUAAAGCUGGAGAACUAAAAGUCGUCAAUGGAGCAGCAGCAUCCCAGCCUCCCUCAAAACGAAAACGGCGUUGGGAUCAAACAGCUGAUCAGACUCCUGGUGCCACUCCAAAAAAGCUAUCAAGUUGGGAUCAAGCAGAGACCCCUGGACAUACCCCUUCCUUAAGAUGGGAUGAGACACCAGGUCGUGCAAAAGGAAGUGAGACUCCUGGAGCCACCCCAGGCUCAAAAAUAUGGGAUCCUACACCUAGUCACACACCUGCGGGCGCUGCUACCCCUGGACGGGGCGAUACACCAGGCCACGCGACACCAGGCCAUGGAGGUGCAACUUCCAGUGCUCGUAAAAACAGAUGGGAUGAGACCCCCAAAACAGAAAGAGAUACUCCUGGACAUGGAAGUGGAUGGGCUGAGACUCCUCGAACAGAUCGAGGUGGAGAUUCCAUUGGUGAAACACCAACUCCUGGAGCCAGUAAAAGAAAGUCACGUUGGGAUGAAACACCAGCUAGUCAGAUGGGUGGAAGCACUCCUGUUCUGACCCCUGGAAAGACACCAAUUGGCACGCCAGCGAUGAACAUGGCUACCCCUACUCCAGGUCACAUAAUGAGUAUGACUCCUGAACAGCUUCAGGCUUGGCGGUGGGAGAGAGAAAUUGAUGAGAGAAAUCGCCCAUUGUCUGAUGAAGAAUUAGAUGCUAUGUUCCCAGAAGGAUAUAAGGUACUUCCCCCUCCAGCUGGAUAUGUUCCUAUUCGAACUCCAGCUCGAAAGCUGACAGCAACUCCAACACCUUUGGGUGGUAUGACAGGUUUCCACAUGCAAACUGAAGAUAGAACUAUGAAAAGUGUUAAUGACCAACCAUCUGGAAAUCUUCCAUUUUUAAAACCUGAUGAUAUUCAGUACUUUGAUAAACUUUUGGUUGAUGUUGAUGAAUCAACACUUAGUCCGGAAGAGCAAAAAGAGAGAAAAAUAAUGAAGUUGCUUUUAAAAAUUAAGAAUGGAACACCUCCAAUGAGAAAAGCUGCAUUGCGUCAGAUUACUGAUAAAGCUCGUGAAUUUGGAGCUGGUCCUUUGUUUAAUCAAAUUCUUCCUCUGCUGAUGUCGCCUACACUUGAGGAUCAAGAGCGUCAUUUACUUGUAAAAGUUAUUGAUAGAAUAUUAUACAAACUUGAUGACUUAGUUCGACCAUAUGUGCACAAGAUCCUGGUGGUCAUUGAACCAUUGUUGAUUGAUGAGGAUUACUAUGCUAGAGUGGAAGGCCGAGAGAUUAUUUCUAAUUUGGCAAAGGCUGCUGGUCUGGCUACUAUGAUCUCUACCAUGAGACCUGAUAUAGAUAACAUGGAUGAGUAUGUCCGUAACACAACAGCUAGAGCUUUUGCUGUUGUAGCCUCUGCCCUGGGCAUUCCUUCAUUAUUGCCUUUCUUAAAAGCUGUGUGCAAAAGCAAGAAGUCCUGGCAAGCAAGACACACUGGUAUAAAAAUUGUACAGCAAAUAGCUAUUCUCAUGGGCUGUGCCAUCUUGCCACAUCUCAGAAGUUUAGUUGAAAUCAUUGAACAUGGUCUUGUGGAUGAGCAGCAGAAAGUUCGGACCAUUAGUGCUUUGGCCAUUGCUGCCUUGGCUGAAGCAGCAACUCCUUAUGGUAUCGAAUCUUUUGAUUCUGUGUUAAAGCCUCUAUGGAAGGGUAUCCGCCAACACAGAGGAAAGGGCCUGGCCGCUUUCUUAAAGGCUAUUGGGUAUCUUAUUCCUCUCAUGGAUGCAGAAUAUGCCAACUACUAUACUAGAGAAGUGAUGUUAAUUCUUAUUCGAGAAUUCCAAUCUCCUGAUGAAGAAAUGAAGAAAAUUGUGCUGAAGGUGGUAAAGCAGUGUUGUGGAACAGAUGGUGUAGAAGCAAACUACAUUAAAACAGAGAUCCUUCCUCCUUUUUUUAAACACUUCUGGCAACACAGAAUGGCUUUGGAUAGAAGAAAUUACCGGCAGUUAGUUGAUACUACUGUGGAGUUGGCAAACAAAGUAGGUGCAGCAGAAAUUAUAUCCAGGAUUGUGGAUGAUCUGAAAGAUGAAGCUGAACAGUACAGAAAAAUGGUGAUGGAGACAAUUGAGAAAAUUAUGGGCAACUUGGGAGCAGCAGACAUUGAUCAUAAACUUGAAGAACAACUGAUUGAUGGUAUUCUUUAUGCUUUUCAAGAACAGACUACAGAGGACUCAGUAAUGUUGAACGGCUUUGGCACAGUGGUCAAUGCUCUUGGCAAACGAGUCAAACCGUACUUGCCUCAGAUCUGCGGUACAGUUUUGUGGCGUUUAAAUAACAAAUCAGCAAAAGUUAGGCAACAGGCAGCUGACUUGAUCUCUCGAACGGCUGUUGUCAUGAAGACUUGUCAAGAGGAAAAAUUGAUGGGGCACUUGGGUGUUGUUUUGUAUGAGUAUUUGGGCGAAGAGUACCCUGAAGUAUUGGGCAGCAUUCUUGGAGCACUGAAGGCCAUUGUAAAUGUAAUAGGUAUGCAUAAGAUGACUCCACCAAUUAAAGAUCUGCUGCCUAGACUCACCCCCAUCUUAAAGAAUAGGCAUGAGAAAGUACAAGAGAAUUGUAUUGAUCUUGUUGGACGUAUUGCUGAUAGGGGAGCUGAAUAUGUGUCUGCAAGAGAAUGGAUGAGGAUUUGCUUUGAGCUUUUAGAGCUCUUAAAAGCUCACAAAAAAGCUAUUCGUAGAGCCACAGUCAACACAUUUGGUUAUAUUGCAAAGGCCAUUGGCCCUCAUGAUGUAUUGGCUACACUUUUAAACAACCUCAAAGUUCAGGAAAGGCAGAACAGAGUUUGUACCACUGUAGCAAUAGCUAUUGUCGCUGAAACAUGUUCACCCUUCACAGUACUACCUGCCUUAAUGAAUGAAUACAGAGUUCCUGAACUGAAUGUUCAAAAUGGAGUGUUAAAAUCACUUUCCUUCUUGUUUGAAUAUAUUGGUGAGAUGGGAAAGGACUACAUUUAUGCUGUAACACCACUCCUUGAAGAUGCUUUAAUGGAUAGGGACCUUGUACACAGACAGACGGCUAGUGCAGUGGUGCAACACAUGUCACUUGGGGUUUAUGGAUUUGGUUGUGAAGAUUCACUGAAUCACUUGUUGAACUAUGUAUGGCCCAAUGUGUUUGAGACAUCUCCCCAUGUAAUUCAGGCAGUUAUGGGGGCCCUGGAGGGUCUGAGAGUUGCUAUUGGACCAUGUAGAAUGCUGCAGUAUUGUUUACAGGGUUUGUUUCACCCAGCCCGGAAAGUCAGAGAUGUGUAUUGGAAAAUUUACAACUCCAUCUACAUUGGUUCACAGGAUGCUCUCAUAGCACAUUAUCCAAGAAUCUACAAUGAUGAUAAGAACACCUAUAUUCGUUAUGAACUUGACUAUAUCUUGUAACUUUAUUGUUUAUUUUGUGUUUAAUGCACAGCUGUUUCACACCUUAAACUUGCUUCGAUUUGGUGAUGUAAACUUUUAAACAUUGCAGAUCAGCAUAGAACUGGUCAUAGAGGAAGAGCUAGAAAUCCAGUAGCAUGAUUUUUAAAUAACCUGUCUUUGUUUUUGAUGUUAAACAGUAAACGCCAGUAGUGACCAAGAACACAGUGAUUGCACACACUAUUCUGGAGGGCUUUCAUUUUUAAUUCAUCUUUAUGAAGAUUUAGAAUUCAUUCCUGUGUUUAAAGGGAAUGUUUAAUUGAGAAAUAAACAUUUGUGUACAAAAUGCUAACUUGUGUGUGUUUUUUGAACAUGACUUGUAAAAUACGGAACUUUGAUAAAGUACUGGUUUGUGUAGAAUAAGUGGCUUUAUAUCAUUUUCUGUCACCUGGUUUAUAGAAAGUAGCAGAAUACAAGUGAUAUAAAGUGAUGGCAUCUUUGUCAAAAUUCCAUUGUUCUGUUGAUAAUGACAUUGAGAAGAGUAGCUUUGGGGGUGUUCACCUCAAACUAGUACAACCCUUCCAUCACCAUAGAAACUAUAGCAUCUUUGCUGAACUGUCUUGAAUAAUAUUAUUUUGCACUUACAUAGCGCCUUUCAUCUCUUGAUUUCUCAAAAUGCUUUAUGAACAUGCUUAAGGGAAGUGAUUCAAGUCAUAUCCAACUCUUGAUGAUUCUGUGUAGAACGUGGGGCAAGUGUCUUUACUUUAAAACUGCCUUGUACCUAUUGGGAGUGAGGCUACUACCUAAGUAAUGCUAGUUAGAAUAAGACAAUCUUUGGGCUCUUUUCCCAUGUCAUAAGCCACUAUUCAACAAUAUAUUUAGUAAAUACCUGUUAAACACCUACUGUAUACCAGCCAGUGUGCUUAGUUGUAGGGAUGCAAAGGUGCUUUUGACAUGCCCCUUGCCCUUAAGAAAUGCAGUAUAAUGGAAAAGGGGAGACAUCUAGUUACAGAUUAGUUAUGUACUGAUAUUAUACAACGGUAGCAGCUGAAAUGUCUAGGUUUGCUUAGUUUUGCAUUUAGUAAUCAGAUAAUGAAUUGAUCUGUAGGUGUCAAGCAUAAACUGAAAUGCCAUUUAAAUCUAGAGGAACCAAGCAUUAAGGCAGUAAUUUUUUAUAUAUAAUAAAGUAUAUCUUCAGUUUUCCCUAAUUUUCUGGCCAAAAAUUUCUUAGUCCUUCACUUCCCAUAGCUGUUUUAUUUUGUCUCCUUAUGUAAUAGUAUUGAAUACUUCUGUGCAGUCUAAUGGGAAAUGAGCUUCUGCAGCAGCCUAAGCAUAGGAUGACUCUGCCACAGUAAGUAAAACCAGUAUACUGAGACUAGGAGGUUUAUUGAUUGAACUGUUAAUACUUAGGGCUCCCUGUUGUGGAGGCUUACUUGAGAAACAGCUUAUAAUUGGCUGACUUGUACAGAAUUGAUAUUGAGCAUUAGCUGACCCUCCAGGCAGAAUUUAUAACUCGUUUCUUGUGUGACAUAACUUUGUGACAACAUGGUAAUGUGUACUAAAUUUCCAAAAUUAUCUUUUUAGAAGUUUUUGUAAUAAUAGCCCCCAUACAACUUUAAAUCUUGCUUUUCUCUGUAUUCGAUGUCAGAUGACCUUCAGUAAUUACUAAUCAUGAAAAUUGAAUACAAUGGAUUUCAAAGGGAAAAUUUGGUUUUAAACCAGUCUUGGGGAAAUUUAGUUACAUUUUCGCUUCAGGUACUUGUAUAACUUGAAUUUGCUUGGGCCCUUGCUCUUUAUGUAAAACAUCUGUGCUUUGUAGUGGCAGUGUUGAGCAAAGGAGGCUUUACCUGUAAGUGACUUUUUACUGAUACAAAUUUGAGGACAGAGGUGAGGCAAAUACUGAGGCCUACGAUCUUGAAAGUUGGGACCAAAUCGAGGCUCACAAAUGUUUGGAUUAUUUUACAUACUUAUUUGAAUCAGGAAAGCAUUUUGUGAGGUACUCAUGUGAAAGACGCUAUGUGAAGUUUUAACUAUCUUUCAAAGACUUUUUCUUUCGCACUUUCCUUUGGUGUUUCUUAAAGCCAGACUUAAGCAGGAAGAAAUUAAUGUUCUUAAGGGGACAGUAGGUGGGUCUUUCUGUGGGCUUUUGCUGGUUUUUCUGUGGGCCCUCUAAUGGAAAUGAUCUCUUUGGCUGUUCAAUUUUUUUCUUAUUGUAUUUUUUAAAUUUGUUGUAUGGUGCCCUGUGAGCAUCAAGUACCACCAGAUGAAUAAAACUUCUUAUAUCUAAA